AUGAAGAACACCAGCCUUUUUAUUCCAAUUCUUUUCUUGUUAUCGUUUUCCCUUCAACAAACAGUCCAAGUCUCCUCCUUUACACAGAGAAACCAGGAGUUUGAAAAAUCUGCAUCUUCAAGAACCCUUGAACAAGAGCACGAGCAUGCUCAUGAAGUACAUUGUUCCAGAGAAAGAAGUAGGGCAGCAUGGAAAAUUAUCGAGGAGUACCUGAUGCCGUUUCUGGAACAAGAGCACUAUGAGAUGUCAAGUAAGUGUCGACUUCAUCCUGACAAUGACCUAUUUAGGGAUCAGGAACAGCACAAGAUUCAUCUGGAUAUAAACGAAUGGCAGUGUGGAUACUGUAAGAAAAGCUUCCGUGCUGGAAAGUUUCUUGAUCAGCAUUUUGACAACAGACACUACAAUCUUCUGAAUGUAAGUGGCAGCAAGUGCUUAGCUGAUUUAUGCGGAGCUUUGCAUUGUGAUGUUGUAAUGGAUACCAAGUCAAGCAAGACCAAAUGCAAUCCUGCAGCUGCUGCAAGGAAUCACCAUCUAUGUGAGGGUCUUGCUGAUAGCUGUUUUCCUAUUAAUCAAGGUCCCUCAGCACGCCGCCUUAAUGAAUUGUUCUUGCACCAAUUUUGUCACGCUCACACUUGCUUGAGGAAACAUAAACAUUUUCCUAGAGGAGGAAAGAGAGAUGAGAACGGGAACCCAAGAUCUUAG